CUCUUUCCGGUGUCCGAGUCCCAAGCUCCAAGCUCGUCGCUGUGUCUGCGUUCCAAGCCUCAAUCUCCUUCCCGUUUUUCGCGUUCCAAGCCUCGAUUUCCUCCCUGCAUUGGCGUUCCAAGCCUCUCUCUGGGAAUACCAGGAAAGACAGGACAAUACGAGGCUUGGCAUGCCCAGUGAGCCUCCCCCAUGCUCAGGCUCUGUUUGAUAAUUCUCCCUGGUGCCACAUGUCGCUUGUGUGCUUGCUGCAGCCCUGGGUGGCGACACAGUGACAGCCAUCUACACAGAGACACUGCCAUCCAGGUUUGUUAUUGUCAGUCUAAUGGCUGGAGUGUCUGGGUGAACUGUCAGUUGCUAUAGGGAGAGGGAUUUUAGGAACCAGCCAUCAUUCUAGAAAAUAGACAGAACAUGUUUUGUUUUCAUUCCCCAACAAUAAACUCCCUGAUUGCUCAUUCCUGUGAUGUCCCUGGUGCCUUUUGUCUUAAAGCACGGUGGCUCUUUGUCAGGAACCUCUUUCAUUUUUUUCACUACUAAUUGGAUUUUACUACAAAAUAUGUUUUAGACAUUUUGCUUUGCACUCACAGAGGUGUAAAUGUGUGGACAGUCAAAGUCUUGGUAGAAGUCUUCACUUAAACAUUUUAGAUAAUAUUGUGACUUGAAGUGGAGCUGUCAAAGUUAUUAUUAUUAUUAUUAUUUUCAUGGAUGUGUAAAUAUUACAGUAAUGGGGGGGUACUUUUUAAAGUACUGCCAGUUAAAUGCUUUGGUUUGAAUGGACUCUCUGAGCACCAAAACUGCUGUCUUAAAGAUUUGCGUACAUGCAUGCGUUCCCCUUUUCUGACAAUGUAAAAGAUUUUGUGUUUCUGAGAUACUGGAUGUUUGUUUACAUUUGUCAAAGAACAUGGCUCUCGUGACUGUUAGAUUGAUGGGCACUAGUGGCACUUCUUACUUUAGUAAAGUAAAAUUAAAAAAAUGCAGGUGAUUCUCACAAUGUAUUAGCUGCAUGUUCUGUAUACGUAGAAAAAUCAUUAUUCAAAAUUGUAAAAAACAAACAAAAAACCUGACCUAAAGUAACAGGCUCCAAAAUACAAUCAUGCCAUAACAAUCAACAUGGUUCGCUGACACUUUAUCAAGAUCAAGUAAUGGUCUCACAUUUGCCUAAUCCCACUAAUUUGUCUCAUUGACGGAGUGUGGUAAUUACUGCGCAUGUGCUGUAGAUCCCCAAUGCUUCCAAGUAAUGGAUUACCGGUAAGUUUUAUGGUUUUUAUUUUUAAAGUGAUGUCCAUAAUGCAAACCAAUAAAAUAAAACACUCUAAUGGUAAAAAUAAUAAUUUUGAAACUCUGUUUCAGCCUGCGACACCCACUGCAUUCACGCUGGAUUUCUGUGCAGUAAAUAGAGAAGAUCUUAAUCAAUAUUAGGUUAACUAUUCAGUAAAUAGAGGGAUCGUUUUUUUUUUUUUUAUGUGAUGUAGGUGUAGCACAAUGUUUAAUCACCAUGGUGCGAUUACAAAAAUUGCAAUCCACGAUAGUGAGCAAGGAAUAUAUCUGGAAUGAAAGCACAUACAUAGGAGGGAAGUGGAGCUGAGGAGAGCUAUUUGGGCAACUAUAAGCCAUAGGUCCCAGACUUUAUAAAAUUGCUUAAAAGGUGUUGUGAACUAAAGCUGUAAGCUUGUCCAUUUCCAUUGCUUUUUUUGUUUCUCGGGUCACUGAAGUCAGGUCCUGAGUAACCCCUUAUAACUCAGCAAUCGCUUUUCUUGUAGGGAAUGUAAUUUUAGCUAACAAUUUGUCUGUAUAAGCCCUUCUAGCGGUGUAUUCAGCAGCCAGAUCCAGGGGUCCACUUUGUUCAAGUAUUUGUGAAGGUUAAACAUGCUACUUGGUACCAUAAUGAGUUUUAUCUGUGGGUAAUACCACCAUAAAGGUAUAAAGGAACCCCUAUUCCCACAAUUCUUCCAGCAGGUAUGUGUGAUGAGUUUCCAAAUACCCAAAACAGAUGGAUCGGGUGAAUUACCAUCUGAAAAGCGCUUUGUAUGCUUGUUCUUUAUGGUUCAUGCAUAUGGUUAAAGUUGAAAUAGCCUCCCAAAUGUCCGAUGAGGUUGAAGCCCCCUCUGAGGUGUCAAUAUCCAUCUCCCAAACCGACAUAUAUGUUAGGGAAAAGGUAAUAUUGUAGGUUACUAUAGAAGUAUAAUGCUAGAUAUUUGGCUCUGAUGGACUGGAAAAGCUAGACACUGUUCUUCAAAUGGCAUCUGUGUUUUGGUACCUGCAUCUACAUUAGGGAACCUAUUCUGUUAGAUUUUCUAUGUAGUAAAUAGAAAUGGUUGAUUAUAUUUGGGGAAAAAAAAUGACACCCUGAUUACAGUAGCAGACUCUGAUUCACUGACGCAUGUACAAAUUAGCACUAAUAUUUAUGUUGCUUAAUUACACCAUAUAUAUAUUUUUCCUUUUCUAGCCCUUCCUACAUUAAUUUGAAGUGUCUUGCAUAAUGGCAGCUGUAGAUCUUCAACAGAUCCUUCAGAAACUUGUAAGUAAGAUAAUAUGUCAAGGUUUGAGAGGCUUAAAACUGCACUUUAAGCGGCAUGUAUUUGUUAUGGUGCCUGGAUUUACCUGGUGCUAUCCCACUGUUAAAAGUCAAACUUUUUUGAAUGGUAUGACACCUUCCCAGGUCCCCGGGUUGCAUGCAAUCCACCCUUUUUAACAGGUAGAGCUAAAAGAAGUACCUAUUUGGUACAAGCGUAUCGGUUUCGUCCAGUGUUUGACCAAUUCAUUGACUUAAAGGACCACUAUAGUGCCAGGAAAACAUACUCGUUUUCCUGGCACUAUAGUGCCCUGAGGGUGCCCCCACCCUCAGGGACCCCCUCCCGCCCGGCUCUGGAAAGGGGAAAGGGUUAAAAACUUACCUUUUUCCAGCGCUGGGCGGGGAGCUCUCUGUCUCCUCUCCUCCUCCGAUCCUCCUCCUGGGCUGGCUGCGCGCGCAUUCAGCCCGUCGCAUAGGAAAGCAUUUACAAUGCUUUCCUAUGGACGCUUGCGUGCUCUCACUGUGAAAAUCACAGUGAGAAGCACGCAAGCGCCUCUAGUGGCUGUCAAUGAGACAGCCACUAGAGGAUUAGGGGAAGGCUUAACCCAUUGAUAAACAUAGCAGUUUCUCUGAAACUGCUAUGUUUAUAAAAAAAUGGGUUAACCCUAGAAGGACCUGGCACCCAGACCACUUCAUUAAGCUGAAGUGGUCUGGGUGCCUAGAGUGGUCCUUUAACAAGUUACUCCUGGCAUCAUAAUCACUACAGCAGGCUUUAGUGGUUAUGGUGCUUAGAUUGAGUAGUUAAGUGCUUCUUUCGUGGUAAACAGUAAGGUUGCAUUUAGUUCAACUGCAUGCAUAGAAUUUUGAUAUUUUAAACUGUCACUUUUUAGUAAUUUUAGUAUCAUGUUUACCAAGUAAUUAACAAAUAUGUUUGUUCCACACCUCUUUAUCCUGCAAAUGGGUGCCCCCCCCCAUUUUAGCUCCCUGUCAAUCAUUGUUACAAGUUCAGUCCUUGGCCCCUGUCAGUCAGCACAUUGGAAGUAUAUAGAAGAGAGGAGAGAUGUGAUGAGGUUUUAUUUCUUCUCCUUAUUUACAAUGUUUGCUCUGGCUUUGUCUUGUCUAUACUAAGCUAUGGUAUAAUUUGCAAAAGCCUUAAUGCACAUUUAAAAGCAAACUGAGAAUCUUGUGAAUAAUAAAACGACUAACACAAGUUAUAGGUAUUUUUCAAUGUUUUAUUUAGUUGUCCAAAUUCCAGAAUAGUGACAGUUUCCCUUGAACGUAUACAUUAUUUGUGCGCAUUAGUGCGCCAUGAUUAAAUGGGCAAUCGAAGCAACAUAACCACUAGAGCUGAGUGUACUGGUUAUAUUUUCAAGAAUUUCUCCGCACAUUUCCCACAUCCUUUUGGAUGGGGCUCUACACUGCGUCUGACAUCUGCCCCGGUGCAUUUCUGCCUUCUCGAUGUCCGUUUAGUCUGGCAGAUCAGUCUCAGCCUUUCAGUUUGAACAGAAUUGAUGAUGAUAAUAUAGACGUGUUAAAACCACAUUAUCAACACAACAAAGGAAGGGGCAGUCUGUGGCAGUGGGGUAGAGUCCUGGAGUUUGUCAUGUUGAACCAAAUAGUUUGACAAGGAACUGGGGGAUGAAGUCCAAAGACUCUUGGCAACAUGACCACUGCACUAAACUGUAAUGGUUAUGUUACUGAGAGUGUCCAUGUUACAUGGUGGCCGUCAUUUGCAUAGAAUUCUUGGAACGAGACAAAUUGUUCAAAACUGGAAAGAAAAUGUCAUAGAAAUAGUAUACACUAUUUGGUGUUGCUUUCACUAGCUUAAUAUGUAAAUUUAGUUAUAUUGUAUUCCACAUAUUGCGGAGGACAAGCAUAAUUUAAUGAAAAUAUGUAAAUACCAUAAUUGUGAUGUAUGUGCGUGAAAUACUCGCUUGUUUGUCUGUUUAAUUAUACGUGCAAGCUGUUUCUAAUUGUGAAGUGUAAUUUUACAGCGUAUACUGCCUGAAGAUGAUUUUAAGGAAGAAGAUAUUAAUGUAUUAAUUGUGACAUGCCAGAAGUGUUUGGAGGAAGACCAGGCGGCCCUUCUGCUCAACGUUAUCCAAGAUGAGGAAAACCAGGUCAGUUGUGUCAGGAUUAGAAACCAAAAACUAUCACCAUUUGUCAUCCUUUAUUAGUAAAGCCAUAAUCAUGUUCUGACAAUAUUGCUCAUGGAACUAUGGAAAAGGAAGGUAUUAUAUAGUUAGUCCACCUAUUGUACUGUGCUGCGGAAUUUGUUGGUGCUUUAUAAAUAAUAAUAAAAAUAUGACGUUGUCGCAAUUAGCUGUUUUUAUUAUUUAGAUUUUUUUAAAUUAAACUUUUCCCACAAAUGACCGUUUACUGAAUGAGCACCAAUGUAAAAAGCACGAAGAGACCUGAAUUACUGCAAGUUAUAAGGAGAGGUUUGUAUUUUUGGACCAUGAAUAUUUUAUUUUUAUUUGUUUAUUUAAAUUCAGACAGAAUGCAAUAUUAAAUACAGUUCCAAGUCAGAGCAACUGUUUCGUUAUUAAGAAAGAAAAAAAAUCAUACUCGUUCAAAUUUUCCACAAUCGAAUGUGACGUAAACGCAUAUAUGUUAAGGCUGUGUCUCUGUACUAACAUUUGCUAAACCGCCAUUCUUGACAGAGGGCUGAAGGUUUUCAAAAACUUUACAAAGGAAGUUGGUUUCCGAUGAUUUGGUAAAAGUCCAAAAGUGACCUUUAAUAAACUGCUUCUAGUGAAAUCCAUGGCUAUAAGUUUAUAUCAAAUAUUUUCCACCAGUUGCAGAAAGCAAGUGUGAGUUUAGCUGAAUGUUCUGUUCUAGCUUCUUUCUCACCCAGACUAGUAGUCUCUUUAAAAUAGCUGUUUUCUACAACAAGGCAGAUUAUGCUAAAAUGUUUGGUUUUCUUGAUCUGAAUUUCUCAGUUGAAUGAUAGCAUUAAUAGAAUUUUAUGUUUUGAGAUACGUUGAGAGCUGUUAUUUUAAUUUCUAAUGUAACCCAUAUGGCCUAUUUAAUAAAAUUAUAGAACGUGUAUUGCCCAUACUACAUAGGCCAUCAAAAACAAUGCAGAGGUUUCUUUGUAGAGAAAAGGCAGUGGAAAGGACCAUCCCCUAUCCUCUUACUUCAGUGAACACUAUUGAAUCAGUCGAGUAAGAGAUAAAGUACACAAUAACAUGGUUCUUUUUGUAGCAUUUCUGUGUCUACGAUACAGUAUUGUGCCAGACGUGUGUAUGCAGAACUGGAACGGCUAAAUUUAUUCACAUGACAUUCUAUAACUGGGCCACAACAGCAUGCUAUAUAAUUUAAAUAACUAAAAAUAUAUUAGAAAUAUAAUCAAAUCGACUACAAUUAUGGUCAGCUCACGUAUGACAAUUCUGCUUUCGUACCUUGGUGACCUGUUGGGUGUCUGUUAUAUGAAGUAGGAGCCAAUUUAAGGUUAUUUGCCAGAAGCUGACUCAGGACAUGGUGAAGCCUUGUUUUGCAGUGAAGAAAGAUAAUACCUUAUAAACAGCUGUAGACCAUCUGUCGUAAAAGGUUUCAGUGAAAUCACGUUUGCUUCAUUUUUUAUUAAGUGGAGUUUAUUCACUAAAUAGCAAAUUUGAGAUCUCAUUUUCUAAUUGAUGCUAGAGUAGCAUACAUAAAGAAAAUGCUAUUUUAACUCUAUUUACAAUGUGACGAUGCAGUUUCGUUUUUGUAAUCUGCUUUAAUCUCACCACAAUUCAGUCUAGUAAAAACAAAACCUUGUGUGAAACGUCAAAUAAUUUAUUAGAGGGAAGACUAACAAUGAUCAAUGUACUGAUAUUGUUGAUAAUAAACACUUGCAUGUAAAAUGAAUGAGACCCCUGUUUUUCUUUUUUCCCCAGUAUAAUUUUGGAAAUGAGAGAAAAGGAGCUUACUUCUAAUCCCAUAGAGCAGACAUGUGCCACUCUACAAAGAUAUGAGUCAUCUUAAUGGCAGCGUAAUCCGAUUAACUAGAUAGACCUGCUGUUUGUGAAAACCUUUAGAGGCUUGUUGUAUAAAACAAGAUCUUUAGUCUAAAGGCUUUCAAAUGCUGAUUUAGGUUUUUGUUUUACUUCAAAUAAAUCACAAACGCUUGUUAACCAUUCAUUUCAUUUUUAUCCUGUUUUUUCCCCUCCUUCUUAAUAUACAAUAACCCAAAAGUGGAUAGCGCUUAAAAAAAUAUAUAUAUGUUAAGCCAAAUGCUUAAUGCAUUCUACUCCAUACUUUUUCUAUGAGGAUUUAAUGAAUGCUGGCUGUACUCAUGCAGAGCGUGAGGGCGUCAAGAGUCUGUUAAACUCCUGGAAGCACCACUAGUGGCUGUCUGGUUGACAGCCACUAGAGGCAGUCUUAGUACUGCAAUGUAAUCACUGCAGUUUCUAUAAAAUGGCAAUGUUUUACAUUACAGGACUACGGGUGACAGGGACAACGCACACAGACUAUUUUAAUGUGCUGAAGUGCUCUGGGGCCUAUUAUGUCCCUUUAAUCUUAUUUUUGUAAAGUUAUACUUCAGUGUAAUUUCAUAAACAUUACGUGCUGUUUCUGUGUUAUUACGCUUACACUACUCUGCCAGCAUCAGUAAGGUAGAGGUUAGUGGAGUAGAACACUCAGGACCUAUAGAUAUGCUUGUAGAUAGAGCAGAGUGAGAAAUAGCCAUGUACGGAGAACUGACACACUUAGUUCCAUUUAAGGUGCAACCAGGAUUUCUAAUAUUAGGUUUACUGUUCCUCUAUUUAAUAAAUAUGUAUUUGUGUGGGGUUUAAAAGAAAAUAUCAGGGCUAUUUUACUAAAAGGAGCACUGCUGGGAGUUCAAAGUAAAGUUCAAAAUUUAGGCAAAAUUAGCCACAUUACAAAAGUUCUCCAAGUUAACUAUUUUCAGUUUGGCCAUUUGAGCCUAAAAUUUUAAAUUCCCUUUGAAUUGGGUAAAUGAUGAAAUCCACACUUCUUUAUCUGGAAGCUGGGCGAUCCCAUCUUAGUCCCCUGUCAUUGUUAUGAGCUCUGUCUGUUGCGCCUGGAAGUUAUAUAGCAUAGAGCGAGCAAACAGUGUUUCUCAUUCUCCUCGUUUGCAUUGUUUGCGCUGGCAUUGCCUGUGUGUGAGAAUGUUCAGACUGGGCCAACAACCGAUUCUGAUUGAUUGAAAUUGCAAACACAUAAUUUGGUGAAAGAUAGAAUAAAUAAAAACUACAUGCUGUCCAAUGAUACAUACUGUGUUUACGAUGUGGGCUGCAUUAAAAAUUACCUUAGUAACCGCUUAUUGUCAUUCUAAAUGGCAUUUUGUAUGACAUCAUUGUUUCUAAAACGUAUUCUUUUUCUAAUUCAAUUGUAUCUUUGCAGGUAAUUAUCAGGAGCGUGGGAUGGAAUCUUAUCGGCCCAGUUACAAGCUGGUUUCAGAAAUGUCCUGAGGAUGAUGACAAAAGGAAGCUCUGCUUGGAAAUGAUAAAUCAGUUAAUUCAAGUGCGUGCCUUUUAUUUAUAUUUUGCAAUUUUACAGCGCUUUAAAAACAUCAAACAACUGCUUGUUCAGAUUUUUUAAAGUCAGAUAAUUCUUACCGGUAUUUAAUCUGUUCCUUAUUUGAGAAUGACAUACUCGGGCAGUUUCCAAAAGAAUGUUCUGUUCUCUGCGCAUUGGAAUGCUGGGAGCUAAUCUAAGCGACAGUUUUAAUUGCAGGUUCUAAUUGGCUGCUGUCAUCACAUACUUUUUUUUUUUUUUUUGUUUAAAGGGAAACAAUACAAAAUGUUGGUGCUGUUUGACAUAUUUGAUUCUAUCAUUCUAAUUAUAUUUAAUAACAUUAUUAAAGUUGUGAAUACGGCUAAGUGACCCACACAUCCAGUCUUCUAAAGUACGUGGUUUGGUAUUGUUUUGCAGAUAUGUAACCUAAAGGAGGUUCUGUUGGGUUUACUUGAACAUAUAGAUGAGGCCAAAGGAGAAGAUAUACCUCAUGUUAUUUUACUUCUCCUGGAUCCACUUCAAAAAGGUGAUUUUUAUUUACAAAAUGUAGUCUUCAUGCCAGUUUUACAUGUUUAUGUGCAUCAUGAAUGUGUUAUUAAAUUUAAUAUAUUUAAUUCUUGAUUUUGGGGUGCCUAAACUCUGAGAUUUAAUGAGUCAUUUACAGAGUUGCAAAGUAUCAAAAAGUUCAAGUUGUUAUGAGUGGGAGAACAAAACUCAGCUGGUCUCUGAAACCAUACUUAAAAGGUCAAUCUGGACUGAAAAUGACCCGUUCCUUUUCUUAAAAGGAAUUUGACUGGACAUGGCACCCUAUUUUUAAUGCUUAUAUUAACACAUUUAGCCCAAUGCAAUAAAAUACAAUUAAAAUAAAUUAUAAUAAAACAAUACUUUCAGUGAUCCUGAGGCAGCACAAUUUAGAUAAGCAGACAGCAACUUUAGGUAGUCCCCUACUUUAACAGGAAGAGGGGUGACCAAUUAGGAGCUUUUCAUUUUGGUUUAUGAGGUCUGGUGUGUCAUGUAGGGGUUUAUGAGUUAAACCGUUUACCCUUAUGACAUAUAAUGAGUGUAACCACUUUACAAACUUAUUACAGCCAUACAGCGGCUGAUAGCCUUUUUUGCAUAGCCCGGUUCAUCCAAAGCUAGAGUUGGUGCAGGGUUCUCGUUGUACUGCAAAAUUUGCAAUUGAUCAAAGAUAAAUAUAAAAGGAAAAAGAGAAACAGGUUGCGCCAAAUACAGUGAGGGUAAUAAAUUGCCAAAUUAAUAUCGCAUCUAAUACAAAUACCAAGAGUGCCAAAGUCUAUUGAGGUUGAGCAGCAGGGGGUAAGUAAAUUUGGCUAGUAAUCCAAUAUUUUUACCAACUCAAAUCAGUUCCAUAAUGUGAAAUAAAAACUCGGAAAAACAAAAUAGAAUAAUAUUGUAUGCGUCAAAUGAGAAAAUGAAAGAUGAUUGAAAAUACACUCACUAAGAGGGAGCUAUCUAUUAGCUCUCAGAAAUCCGUAUUUGGCAAUACAAUCCUUGUGAUGGGAUAUGGAGUGGAUGAAACUCUACGACGCUAACAGUUGAAUUACAACCCCCAGAAAUCUAUGCUUUACAUCUGUCUUGUAGCAUGAAAAAAUGGAAACAUUACAGGUGAUUUCUAGAGCAAAAUCUAUUCUUUGAGGAAAAAAAUAAUCUAAAAUAUAUAAUUAAUUAAAAACCCCACACUGCGUAACCUAAUCUACAAAUUGACCUAAUGUGUGGGUGCAAUUUUAUUACCUUCAGAGUAUCCAGCAGUAGUGGAAACGUUUACAGUCUUUUUACAAUUGAAGAGUAGAUCACUGUAUUCUGACAAAUUUGAGAAAACCUGAACGUGGGUUUGAGGUCCAGAGCAAUGUUACGCUGUCCGAGCUACGAAGUAAAUAUCUCCCCAUGUUUUCCAGUUCUUCUGAACCUCGGCAACAAAAAGGCAUAUUCUGUGGGAAUCUCGCUGUCAACCAUCCACGCUCAGCUAUGCCUUCUACCCGUGCCAUACACCCGAGAACAGAUCCAGGAAGACAAGCACUUUGUCUGCCAGUGUUUCUCCGCAUUGCUGCAGUUUGCUAAACCAUUUGUUGAUAUGGUCUCUCAAUCCACAGACGUUGCGAAGGAUUCAGAAAGCGAAGAGCUAAGAAAAGAAUUGGCAACAUUGUAAGCACUGGCUAGGACCUGCAACAAAUACAUUCUAGAAUGUUGUCUAGAAGUGUUAUAAAGCUUGAUAGCACAGUACAGAUAAAAAUUGUUUAUGUAAAACAUUGACACUUUCACAUAUUAACCCAUCAUGAGAAUAGAUGUCCCUGAAUGCUUUGUAAUGGGGUAUUUUUGAGAAAUAAAUGGAUGCCAUUGUAAUCUUGUUUGAACAGGACCUUUACUGCAUUUUGUUCAUUUAAAGGGGCCCUCUAAGCAUUCUAAUCACUACAGCACUUAUAGCGCUGUCCCACAGUGAGGAGUCAAGACAUUUUCAAACAGCUUAACACUUACCUUACCUGUUUAACACUUACCUGGGUCCCCCUAGUUCCCACUUUCCUUCUUGUCUUUUGUGAUAUUGUUAAAGCAGAAGUUCUCAUUUAGCCUAACAAUAUCAAUUCUGUCUCUUUGUGGCUGAGGAUUCCUUGAAUUAUAUAUAACUUUGUAGUGUAAAUUUUAUGUAUUUUAUUCUAGAUUUGUGCGCAAAUUCCGAUCAAUUGUACUAAAUGAACCAAAUGCCUGCUAAUCGCUGAACAAACUAAGCUAUUAAUUUGUGAUUGCUAAACAAAGCAAUUCGUUUGUCCAGCACUUAACAGGCAUUUGAUUCCGUAAAAAAAAAAAGAGCAAUACAGUGAUGUCGUUACAAUUUUGUUUUGUAAAUUGUUUUCUGCCUUAUGUUUAAUCAUUGUUUGUGCCUCCUUCUGUCUGACUGGUUUACUACACAAUAUAUUAUGUCUUCUUCGUUAUUUAAACAAAAUAUUACAUUAAAUAAUUUAUAUAUAUCACGUGAUACAUCAGUAAUGACCCCAGUCCUUCAAGGUCCUCUUCAUCUCCUGGCAAUGUCGUCUAUGGAGGAUUCCAUGAAGGCGCGGAUCCUCCAUAUAAGAUAAUUUUUUACCUUAGCCGACACUAGUGAUGAAUGAAGGCUUAAAAUAUCUUUUGACUGGUUUGGAUUUUAGUAAAAUGCCAACACACUUUCUAUGAGCAUUUCAUAAAGAUUUUAUCAUUAUAAAAAGCUUUUUUUUUUUUUUUUAAUAGGGGUGGUGUGGGUGAGACUGUUCAGUGAUAUAACUGUACAUUUGCUGACAAUAUAAGCUUACCCCCUGCUUUCAAAUAGUAAAGGAAGUUUCACUAAAGCAUAUCAUUCAUACAGUCAGGCAGAUGGGAGGAGUGAAAAGACUUGAUUGUUCGCAUUACAUUAGCAUUCCAGAGAUUGAUAAAGAUUGCUAUGACAGUUUUAUAAACCUUUAUCUUAGAAAUAUACGAUUUAACUAUAUUUGCUGUGUGCGGACAUUCUGUAACCAGUUUUAGUAAGGCUGGUAAUGCCUUUGGGGGUCUUGCAAAUACCUAUAAGCAAGGUGUUUGACCAUUUUUAUUUAUGUCCCAUCUAAUGUAUGUGAGAUUUUUUUUUUAAUUUAAUUAAAUUUUUUUGCUUUUAUACUAACAUUUAAGACCCUGUGUGAAAUACUGCAAGAUAAAGGACAUUGCAUACUGUCUAAAGCUUUUAAUUUUUCCAAAUAUUUUUAAAAUGGCAUAAUGAAUAAGUGAAAAAUAACACUGCAAAGCAAUAUAUACACAAAAUUGCUGUGUUAUGGUAUGUUUUAUGCUAGCUAUAUAUCCCUUGCUUAAAAUAUGUGUUAUAAUAAUAUUUCUCAAUUAAAAAGUGCUCAGUAGUGAAGGGUUUAAUGUCGCUAAUAUGAACCAGUCAUACCCCAUGGUAUAUAAAGUGGUACGAAGUUGUUUAGGGGCCCUUUAAUGAAACAUGUCUCUUGGUACAUUUGUAUAAAUGCCAUAUGAUUAUAAUACAGAGUUUAUUAAUAAAGUCUGAAUUGUGUUCUAAGACCGGGUUAGGCAGCUGAGUUAUAGUCAUUUCUUUGUGGAAUGGCAAUGAUUGCAUAACGUGAAUAACAUUAACAAUUAUACAUUGUAGUAUUAUAUAUUCAUACUCUGUUUCCCUCUUUAAGUUGUUAUAGUUGUUUGAAGCAGCCCCUGCUUGGUGCGCCGCUGCAUGUACUUCCUGAAGACAUGGGUGACAACCCUUUCCACUUGUUUGCGAAAGAGAUUUUGGUAAGUGUAAUUGUUAAAUCAUAGAACUAUAUAUUCACAUCCUUACUACUAUCAAUAUAUUAUAUUUAUAAAUGAAAAAGUUAAAAGAGGGUUGUCUAACCAUGGCCAUUCAGCUUUUGUUUAAUUACAACUCUGAUGAUAAAUGGCACAGAGACAUCAGCAGUUGAAGGGACACUCCGGACCUCUAAAGUACUUUAGCUUUCUGAAAUACUCUGUGUGAAAAGUGUGUCCUUUUUUUUCAUUGUAGGAAAUAGAAAUUGGCAUUUUCUAUUUACAAUCCCCUGGUUUUAUAGCAGGCAACCGGUCCUGUUACUUCCUGGUUUGUUUAGCUUAGUGGAGCUAAAUUCAUGGGGCAGCAAUUACCCAGAGCUGGAUUAGGAAGCCUGUGAAAGUCUGAGUGAGUUUGCAAGGGGAGGGCCUGUAAAGGCUUCAAACCAGAGAAAUGCAGAGUUUGCAAGCUGUUUUUAGAUCUACGCCUGUAACCGCAGGCGGUUCCCUUAUUUACCACUAUAAUGUCUUAAAGCAUAGAACUUAGUAGGGCUAACCAUACAGAUAUCUUAGCCAUAAUUUUAUAUAGUGUAAGAGAUCCUCUAUUUAACAAAUAUAAAUAAUUGAGAAUACAAUAUAAAAUAAGGAUUGUCUUGAAAGCAAGAUUGUCUUUUUGGAUAUUUAUUAAAUAAAAAUAUAAAAUCCAUUAUAGCAGAGUUUAUAAGAUUAAAUUACAUGCUUGCAAAUAUCAUUAAUAGGUUAACAUACCCUUCUGAACAUGUCAUCAUGUCAGCCUCUCUGUCAUUUUAAGAUGGAGCAGCGUCUGUCUCCAAGUCUCUCCUCUGUCUUAACAUUUAAAAGUACACCUAUUUAUAUCUUAGGUGUCUCCAUUUUAGGUUACUGUAGUUCAAAUAUGAAAAAGUAACACUUCUUUUACUUUAUUCAAUUUAGGUCCUCCCUUAAUUUGGCAAACAUACAAGGCCAUAACUAAAGGGUGUAUACGUCAUGGAAAUUUUCCUGACUUAGUUCAAGAUGGCAUCUUAAAGUCUGAAUAGGUUAUCUGUUGUUUAUACUAAGUCAUAAGUGUACAGUAGUGGGAGAUUCCCAGAUUUGGGGAAGUUCCAUUAACUUGGGGUUACCACAGUAUAUUGUGUACUGCAAGUGUCGUAGUAUAGCCUUGAAGCUUGUUUAUGCAUUAUUGUUAUUGUAAUUCGUCUGGGACAAAAUGGCGCAAACAUAUUAUGCACUGAGGUUAUUGCUUAAAGAAACAGUUAUGAAAAACAAUAUGUUCCAUUUCUAACACCUUGUCAGUUUGCAAUAUCUCUUAAAGACAAAGUACACAGUUUAAGAAAUACAACAUUUCAUUCUAAAACUUGUAAUAUUUGCAUUUGCCCGUAACACGCCUAAUGAAAAAAUUAAGGGGUUAAACCGUUUAACCACAAAGUUCACUCCCCAGCCUUUUUUUUUAUUUUUUUAUUUUAUCUGGCUUGGAAAAAAUGUACCUUUUCCAAGCCAGUUUAGUAAAUUAGAAUUCACUGAUGCUUCCGGCACUGUCUUCCACAUGCCUUCCAUCGUCAGUGCUGCCCACUCAUGAGCCAAUCAAAUGCUUCUUACUCAGAAACAUUUGAUAGGACCAUUCGCCCAGCACAGAGUGUAUUCGUGCACUCUGGGGAAGGGAGGGAACAAGGGAGAGAGCUAGGCUUUCACUCUCAGCGCUGCCCACAAGAGAGGAGCUGACUAUGUCUAUCGCACACAAUUGCCAGUAGACAACUCGGAACUCUGUGGAUUACUUACCUGGCUCAGUGCGCACCUGCGCACACUUGAGUCGGCAAUCAGAGAGGGAGAUUCAGAUUCCUCCUUCUAUCAUCACUUCAAAAAGCAGAAGGUGGUUGGUGUAACCAGUGAUCUAUUGACAAAAAACUGUAUCCUUUACAGAAGCAAUUAUAUACAGAAAUACUGUUACCUGGGGUUCAAUUAGUAACUGUUUUUUCCUCACUCUCUGUGCAGUUUUCCUCGUACUUUUUCUGUAUACCCAUCCCCUUACUCCCCCAGCAUUUAUAAUAAUCGCUCUUGGAAUUAAUUCUGAUUCGUCCAUUUGUAUACUCAUGUGACCUAUUCCCGUCAACAGGAGAGUUUUAGAAGUCUCCCAUUUACCUAUGUUACAGAAAACACAAUUAUUAUAUCCGCAUUUUUCUUUUAUAAAUAAUACUUGUCACAGUCAUUUGAAUCUAUUGUUUUUAUAUUCCAUUCAACUUAAAAAUUAGCCCAGUUCCAUAAUUGGUGACAUCAUCAACGACCUGAGCUCCACACUAGAGUGUAUAAUUAUCAGGGAUUGCAGCCUUUGCAAUGGAGUCUGUUUGGUCAGAAUAUAGGGGAACAGUAACCCCAUAGCACACACUGCUUGACCUUGAAUAACAUUCCAUAGAUGCUGCACAGACCCUUGUUCCACAAGGCUUCUAAUAUAAUUAUAUCUUACUUGACUUUCUUGUGUGUGAUUUGCUAAUACUGUGUACUGGCACUUUGGGGAGAUUAAUCUAUGAAAUCAUAUAUAUCUUGUAAUGGAUAACUAUGGCAGUUUCUUUGCUAUAGGUUUGUUUAUAUAUGUUGCUAUGAAUACAUUGAGGACCUUAGUUCUUCACAGUUCUUAUAGUUGCUGUAUGUGACGCGCAUUUAUACAUUUCUUGUAUUACUUUUUUUUUUAAUUUCUUUUUAUGCAGCGCUAUUUUGUAUUAUUAGGGGAAUCUCUGCAUAAAGCAUUUUUGAAGCGUGUUAAUGUAACUCAAAUGCUGGAAAGUAAAGAAAUUGGGCAAGAGGAAGAAGAAAAGUAUGCUGACGAGUCUUUGGCCUGCCUCUCCUACCUCCUGUUCGUACAGCAUAUAGGAAUAGAUGACUUCCCCUGUGUGUUUGGGUAAGAGGUUUCUUGUAAUGAUUUCAAGAACAUUUCCAGUAUUGUAAUUGGUGUGUUCCUUUAAGCAGAAGUGGUUUGGGGGCUUAGAUGAACCCUUUUCAUAUGAAAUAAAUAUAUGUAUAUAUGUGUGUGUGUGUAUAUGUAUAUAUAUAUAUAUAUAUGUGUGUGUGUAUGUAUAUAUUUAUUUAUAAUCAAAUAUCCUUUGACUCCUUUGGUGUCUAUCAGUUUUACAUGCCUUUAAUUGGUGUUAAAAGAUAUCCUAACUUUCAGAUAAUCUGAAAUUCUGUUGCAGUGCUUCCACAUGUUCACAUGUUUUUCAUAAUAAUAUGGUUUAUACUUUAAAAGAUAUUAACCCUGGGAUAGGUCUAAUGAUCUUCCACCAGCUAAAGGACAUAGGCUAGGGUAUACCUAUAACCCUAUCCCCUAGUUAAGGAGGGCUCACCUGGUUGUACUAGUAUAACGGGGGUAACCCUAAUUACUAGAAAUAGAAAAAAGAACAAUAUCCCAGACGUCCACUUCAAUGGAGAUGGGUGUAUGGGAAUUAGUACAACUUGAAAUAGAUUAGUAACAAAAAACAAAAUAUAAGAAAACCUUUAAUUGAAUCUGAAGUCGUAGAGCUACUAUAUCUAAUAGAGGGUCCUAACUAGGAAACAAAUGUCUGCAUACCGGGUAAUGGGAUAUCAACCCACUAAGUAAGUGGAAAGUGCUAAGUGUCUUAUCUGAUGUACUUCCUCCAAGGUGUGAUGUCAUCAUUGUCUUUGUUUGUAGCUCUGGACGGAGAUGCCAUCUUGCUACACGCCUUAGUCGAUGGGAGGGGGUGCUCUAGCAGCCAUUUUUUUUUUUUAUUCUUUAUUUUUGCAGUGCAAAACAAAGUAAAUCAUAACAGCAGGCGUGUGGUGCCCCAAUAGCAUUCCUCACGCAGAAUAUCAACAUUUUUAACAAUGGGGUUUUCAUAAAUCCUUGCACAUUUUUUUUGUUAUUUAGUCAAGAUUGUCCACGUUUAAACUUUACGCUGAGUAUUCAGUUAAAAUGUGGUCCUGAGUAGGUCUUACGAAAUCUUGGCGGCACAGUGCGUUCUAAGCUUUGUAGAGCUUUCGGUUACAUUUUGGGUAUUGCACAUUUGCUCUCCAGACUGGAUGAGCAUGGUGCUGGGGCAUCGCUUGGUGUGAGGAUCGUGCGGGGGUGGCCCGGGAUGACCCCCACCGGUCGAGAGGGGGGGGAACGUGGACUCCGAAGUGAGGUGUCGCCUGUGCCCGGCGGUGGGAGAGCGGCCGUCUCUCUCGCGCCCGCCAUGCUGGUAGGCCCCUCCAGGGCGAUCGCUUCAUACUGGAGCUGGUGUCGAUUAGCGGGUAUCAUAGUGUGCGCCCCAGUUUCCCCCAUCGUCUGGAGGCCUUUUGUCAUUAAUUUGAAGCCUCGUUAGUGAUUUUUCCUCGUUUUUAUUGCUUCGGUGUGCAGGAGCCGCCGAGGUGAGCGUCUUCUCAGCUCAGCGGUUAGGCCACGCCCCCUCUAGCAGCCAUUUUGAGUAAAUAAUGAGCACAGGUAUACACAGUAAAUAGACAUUUUACUUACAUUAGUUUCUAUCCAUAACCGUCCCCCCUCAAAAUUACUAUUUACUAACAGCAGUUUCUAGCAGCUAUUUCUGUCCCUAUAAGCUUUCCCUAAUAGCCCACAACUCAACUGUCCAACAGGCCUCAAACUUUUUUUGUUCUGCGCAUAAGACGAGCAGUGGCUUGUCCAUCACACCCCUCGCUACCGACUGUGCCCGUAAAGACAGACGCUAUCGCUACGAUCCCUAAAAUCCUGAAGCCUUGGCGGAGAGGGACUGCAACGGGGCAUAGGGUUUAUCAUAAUCCUCCUCAUCAAUUUCCUGAUGAAAGAAAGUUGGUGUGGCCUGAUCUGCUGUUUUCAGUAUACAUUUCUUAACACAGGGGAAAACACAUCAGACAUUGAGAGCAAGAAUAAUCAAAAUUACCAGAACUUCCACACCUAUUUGGGCCAGAACUCUCUGCCAGCCACCCAAACCAUCUUUCCCAUGGAUCUGUGACCCCAGAGUUCCUUUUUAAUUCUUCCGAAAGAAUUUCUAACUUCUCUAUUGCCAUGUAGGUGCCAUGUAGGUGGAAUGUAGGUGCAACAUGUCAUGGUGUCUGGGUGUAUUUUACACACUCCCCCUUUCUCCGCUAGGAUCAUGUCUAGGGCCAUCCUAUUCUGAAAGGUCAUCUGGGAUGUGGCCUGUAGUUGCUCAGCCAUCCCCUGAAUGGCAUUUCUUAUAUAGUUUACAAACCGUUGUUGGUUAUAGUAUAUAUAAUUAAUCCAAUUCAGAUUCUUAUUGGCAGUAAUGAUUGGGAAAAUGGAUUCAAACCCUGCUGCAACCCAGUCUCUUGCCUUGAAUUCAUUCGGCACCCCCUUUGGCACCCCAAUGGCAUCUAUAUAUACAUGGGGGUGCUUCUUCUUGUCCUGAUGUGUGAGUGUGACGUGUCAUGUGCGUCCUGGUGACUGUCGUAUAUUGUGUGUAUUGGCAUAAUAACUUUGGCUAGGGCACAUUCCCCUCACCGGUAAGCCUUCCAACCUUAUCCUAAGCUGCAUAUCCCCACACAAUAUAUGUCCCCCAGGGGUCGAACCUGAUUUUGUAGUAAGGUAGCUGAAACAUUACUAUAAGUGGCACAAUACUUGCCGGUGAAAUUACCCAAAAAUCUGCAGUUUCCUUCAUAUAUACCAUGGCAAGUAUAAUUCCCUGGAUAUAUGGUGAUACCCUCAUGUGGUUUGGGAUUCUUAGUCAUAAUUGGAUAUUCCUUUUUCCCAUGAUUGACACACUGUCUGAUUAGUCUUGCAGCUUGUGAAGAGACUCAGAAAACACACUUCUAUGUCAUGGGGUAGAGUUAAGGGUACAGUACCUAGAUGGGGUCUGGCUCCUCCACAGACCUAGCAGUUAGUUCUAUUGUGUUUGUUAGCAUUUUAUCGCAUCCAUUCCAGCCAUAGGCUAGUGUCAGAGAAACCUGUCUCAGUAGCCAUAGUAUCUUCCAAUGUAGGGUGUGCUAUGGCUACCAUAUCGUUAAAGGUCUGAAUGUGGGGUUUAAGUGGGUUAAUGAUCAGAUGUUGGGAAGUUACCCACUCGGGUUGAAUGGUACAUAUCUUGAAGGUAGAAAGUCCCCUGUUUAUUAUAGGAGCCCCCUGCUUUCCAAUACAUCCCCGUUAUAUACCGGCCAGCAUCGCCAGGGCUAGGGUUUUCUAUGUUCAGGGUAAGCUUCAUGGGGGUCGCCCCUCCCGGCUUUCGCAAAGUCAUUGUACGUAAUAGGGACUCCAUAUUUUUGUCUUUUCUAACCAGGGCACUCUGUGGCUUGUAACCCCAAGCUGGUCCUGUGUUCCAACCCACCGCCCUCCAGUAACUACAGUCAGGUCCCCAAUAAUUGUCUGUAACACAUAUGUAAGGGUCUUUUAUACAGAGUAUAUCCUUGUAUACUGUUUGUACCAAUGGUUGUGGGAAUGGACAGUUGACAAUAUCACAAUAGUCAAAUUCAAAAGUGGCCACAUGUGUGUUAGAUGAGUUAUACUAAAAUGUAAAUACAUUAUCAUCCUUAGUAAUGGCAACUUGUUGGGCCCUUGUCAGGCCUAGUAGUGAAAGGAUGCACAAGAUGAUCAUGGCUUAGUACAGUCUACCUCCUCUGGGGCUGGAACUUUCUUGGGAAGCGUGUAUCCAGGUGCUCUUCCCGGCCAAUUUAACAGAAGUGGCUGUGACUAGGAGGACUUGAAAGGGACCUUCAUAUCUUGGCUCAAGAGUGUGUUUCCUCACAAAUUUCUUAACCAGAACCCAAUCACCAGGGAGUAAUCGAUGGGUGCCUGUAUCAGACUCUGGAUCUGGAAUGGAAGAAAACAUUUGCACGUGGAUUUUGGUCAACGCUUGAGAGAGAGAGCAGUUACAUAGUCAACCAGUAUAUCAGAAUGGAGCUGGAGUUGUUGGGGGAAAUAGCAUCCAAGUCUGGGUGCUGACCCAAACAGGAUCUCAUAAGGGGAUAGUGCAAACCUCCCUCUUGGUGAGUACCUUACACUAAACAGAGCAAUGGGGAGACUCUCUGGUCAGGAUAGAUUAGUCUCUUGGGCCAUUUUCAACAUCCUGGCUUUUAAGGUGCCAUUCAUGCGUUCUACCUUGCCAAUACUCUGAGGGUGGUAGGGAGUGUGGAAUGCAAGGGUCACCCCCAGUGCCGCCCAUAUUUCUUUGGUUAGUGAUGCAGUGAAGGCCGGACCCUGGUCACUUUCUAUUACUUCUGGGACCCCAUAUCUGCAUACUACUUUGGUGAGCAGGCGUUUGGCUGUGGUCUUGGCUGUCAUGUUGGUAACUGGGUAGGCCUCUGGCCAUCCUGAGAACACGUCCACUAUAGUGCGUAUUCAUACAGACCACUCUUUGACAUUUGGAUGUGGUCAACCUGGAUUCUUUGGAAGGGAUACUGCGGUUUGGGCUUUUUCCAUUCUUCCCGGGUUGCACUUGGCACAGAUGGUGCAGGAUCUGCAGUAGCUGUUUGUCAGAGAGGUAAUUCCUGGCGCUUCAUAGUAUUUGCUGAUCAGGGAGUUCAUGAGGGUCUUGGACAGGUGUGACGUUCCAUGGGCCCACUGGACCACUGCUAAAUACAUGCUCUUAGGUAAACAGAACUUGAGGUUGUUGAAGUACAGCCUGUCCUUAAGGGUUGCCUCUUUCUGUUUCCAGCUUUGUAUUUCUUCAGGAUCAGCAGCUGCUUGUAGUUCUUUCAGGAGCUGGAUCUGUUCGGCGGACACUCUUCUGUCCACUUCCCUUGGUGCACACGUAGCUUGUUUGGCAGCUUGAUCAGCUAGAUGGUUGCCUCGUGCUUCAUCCGAGUUCAGUUUCCCGUGAGCCUUUACCUUGAGUAUGGCCACUUCUUCGGGGAGGAGUAGGGCAUCCAUCAGCUCCUCGAUAGCCGUGCUGUGCUUGACUGGUGUGCCUGUUGCAGUGAGAAAUCCUCUUGUCUUCCAGAUUAGUCCGAAGUCAUGUGCCACGCCUAGUGCAUAUCUUGAGUCAGUGUAGAUAUUGGCGUGCCUUCAUUCAGAGAGCUUGCAUGCUGUGGUGAGAGCCUGUAGCUCAGCUUCUUGUGCAGACAUGGAUGAAGGGAGUGAGGAUGCUCUAAGUACGUCCAGUAUGAUACCUUCCUUGUUCAUCAGCAUAUCUAGAGCCAUCCACAAACAGGAUGAGGUCAGGUUCUGGUAGGGUAACUUCAUGUACAGUUGGGAGGUGUGUUGUUUGCAUUUUCAUCUGUUCAAAACAAUCAUGAGGUGCGUCUGGAUCUUAGUCUGUGGGAGGAGUGUCGGUGCAUAUCUCUGUGUGGAAUUGGGGAUAGCCAGUUGCCUCGCAAUUCAGGGUUUGCUUAGUGACACCCUCUUCAGAAAGCUGGGUCUGAUCUUCAGUGCUCCAGGACUUGUGCUCCAUGAUAGGGGCGGGAAGGGAAGUGAUGAUGUGGGCGGAAGAGGAAGUGGCGAUGGGAGCGGAAGGUGAUGUGACUGCCAUGACAGGGGUGGGAAUAGCAGAGGCAGGAAGUGAAGGCAUAGUAGGGGCGGAAGUGACGGGAGGGGAUAUGAUAGGAGAGGGUGUGACAGGGGCAGGUAUAAUAGGGACAGAGAGGGAUCCGUCCGCCGUGAGGAUGGGGUACACAGGCGCCAGGGGGGCGGUGACUGUGGAUACUGGUAAUUGGGUGGAGUUCACAGGGGUUGGGCCGGCCUCCUUUCCUUUGUGCCAGGCGCCAUUAUAGGGCGGUGGCUAGCAUGUACUUUUGGCAACACAAUUACCUUCAUGAUAUACAUACAUUCUCUGCCCCCCCAGGUCUAUUUCUUCCUCUACCCACACCUCCUGGUGAAUUGCUCUGGCAACUCUAAACCAAGCCUCCGCUGUUUUUACUAGGUGAUUGUCCUGCAAUAAUCCCUUUUUCUCUUUUGGCAGCUUAUGCCAGCCCUCUGGCUGCAGCAGUCCGCUGGCAGACAUAGUAAGGCCACAUAUGUUAGCGAUCUUCACCUUCCCCACUACCUCUACGCCCUCUCUCUCCCUCACUAUGUCACAGGCUAACCAACCCUUACUGGGUUUCGCAUGCUUCUGUCCCAUCCUCUAAACAUGUCGUCACAAGAUAGAGACAAACAGGAAAAGGAGCGUCUACAGUGCUCGACUGGGAGCGGGUGCUCUAGCAGCCAUUUUGAGUAAAUAACGAGCACAGGAAUACACAGUAAAUAGACAUUUUAUUUACAUUAGUUUCUAUCCAUAACAGCGCUAACCAGCAAGUGAAGGAGUGCAUAUUAAAAUUAAAAAUGAAUGAAGCCCGACGCGUGUUUCAACAUAUUAUAACGCCGUCAUCAGGGGCAAAACCUAUCCUUUGCCUAAUAGGCUUUGCCCCUGAAGACGGCGUUAUAAUACACUGAAACGCGCGAUACUGUUCUUUUUUGCUAUGGUUUAUACUUUUCCUGGAAAGCUGAGAUUUUUACCAGCACAGUCUCUACCUGAAGUGAAAUACUACCUAGUCCAUGGAUGUUACACUAACAUUACAUUCACACAAUGCUCCCUCCUAUCCAGCUGGCCCAACUCAGGACUGCUUACACAAGCAAGACACAUCCCUCCCAUGAUGCUGACAUCAUUGCCAGCACACUGGUUUCAGAGCGUAGUGACUUUUGCCACUUCAUUCCUAUAUUUCUCUAGCAAAGUACACCAUAGAAAUACAGACCGAGACCUGGAGAAGUUGAACUACCUUUAAGAGUGUUCUCCUGCUCUGUCGUCGCACAGUGUUUUGCAUACAUACUGUGCCUACAACAUUGGCGCUGUCACUUUCGUUUACAAACAUGAGAAAUACUCAUUUUUGUAUUAAUACACCCUUUGUGCAUAUGCACGUAAUGUAUGAGUCACUGGAGCCGAAACAGAUAUACAUUGACAGAUUAGCAUAAUUAAAAAAAUGUAUGCAUUAUUUGUAAAUGCUUUGCAAUUUCUUUAUUAUCACAACUGCAAGAUAUGACAGGUGUGUGUGUUUUUUUUUUUUUUUUUUUCUUCUCAGACCAUCAUUUGUUGUAAAGUCGAACAUGGAACAUAUUGAUGUACUAUUAAAAAGGUAAGAACAUUUUUAUGUUAAUUUAAGGAAAAUAAAAUGCACCACAUUAGGAUCCACAUUUUUGUCCCUCUUUUUAUAAUCUGUUUUGUUCUAAAUAAUUGGUGUCUGCGUGUAUCACUGAGCUCCACAGGACGUACAAUACUGCAUCCUAUAAGAGCCAGUAAUGCCCGCCAAAAGAAAACAUAUUUGAGGAAAUAAAAAGUCAGAUGGCCUAACAGGAAAUCUCCCAGCAUGCUAAUAGGCCAGUGACAGAUUAAGGUUUUGUAGUAGUUUUUUUUGUUCACAUGUAAAUCCUCGAUAUGUUUAUACGUAAAAUGGGUUUUUGGUUGUGGUUACUUAUCGUGUAAUACUCACUCCAGAAAAGCAUCAAACCAUUUCUUGUUUUUUUUUGUAAAUCGCAAUUUUUAUUUUGGCUCAGUCAAUGCAAGUUACAGAAAAAAGAAACAAGACAUUAUAAUACAGAUAGGUUGAUACAAGUAUUGUACAUAAGUUAUUGUAUAUAAUACAGGAGUCUGAUUGCACUGAGUUAUUUCGUUUCUAAUACAUAUAGACCUACACGGUCUGAGUCCAAUUUUUGCGCUAAAGGUAAAUUAAAACCAGGAAUGGGGGUAGGAGGGGUGGGUACAGGGAUAGGGUAUAUUUUGUAGACAACACAAAUUCCUAAGCUUUUGCCGAGUCUGGAGAUGUCUAUUGAACUGUGAUAGUGCCAUGCCUCUUGGUAGAAAAUGAUACCAUACAUACAUAGUACUGUUAAGUUUAGGUAGGUUCGGCUGUCGGACUUCGUUUAGUUUAGUAACGGUGUAAUUUCUUGUUUUAAAGGAAUAAAUUACUUUAUGCAAACAACACCACUGAAUAAAACAUUAAAAAUGAUCAAUAACUGGCAUUAAACAUGUUGUACAUGUGAUACUCCAUUUUCAUUUAAAUGAUAAAAAAUGAACAAGAGAGGUCAAUUUCACUCCAGGGCAGACAUUACAAACGUUGGGGAGAUUUACCAAGCAAACAGCAGGUGCUAUCCUGGCUCAGAGUGCUAAAUGGGAAGCAAUCACCGUGGAAACCAAUAGAAUGUCUCUCAGCGUUUUAGUCCCUUGUUUGCUCUGCUAUAUCACUCCCAUAAUUUGUUUAAUGCCUCUUUGUGGUCCCUAUAAACUAAAAGUUACAAAGGACAGAACUUCUAACUAUGAUCGACAGCAAGCUAGAUGGAGGCGACAGAUAAACAGGUGUGGAUUUCAGGAUUUAAUUUUUCAAGUGGUAGAGGUUAACACAGUAAAGGAGUUUAAGCAUGCGUGGGAUAGGCAUAAGGCUAUCCUAACUAUAAGAUAGGGCUAGGGACUAAUGAAAGUAUUUAGAAAAUUGGGCAGACUAGAUGGGCCGAAUGGUUCUUAUCUGCCGUCACAUUCUAUGUUUCUAUACCUCACAAGUAAAUAUUUUUUUAAAUAUAGAGAUAAGUAUAGCUAAUAUUAAAAAUCCUGGUAAGUGACUUUUGGUUGACAGUGAUCUCUUUGCUUGUAUUAAUUUUAAUGGUAAAAUCUGCAUUAUGUGUGCAUUGAUUGUUUAGGCGGCGUUGCGGUUACUGCUCAUAAUGAAAUUAAAAUAUGUUUUAUGUGUGCAUGUCCGUCCUCUUUCAGAACUGAAGAAUCAGUGUUGACCAAAGGGCUUGUAAGUUCACUUAUAAAUAUUACUUUCAGUAUUUUAUUACUAGACCACCAUAUUGUACUAAACCUGGCCAUCUCUCCUUACAGGAGUUGUUUGAGAGCAGUUUGCAAAGAGUAGAAAAUAACAGCCUUCAUCAGGACUUAUUAGAAAUUAAAGCAAUCCUUCAGGUAGUACAGGUAAGUUGACAGUGUUAUGUUUUUAUUUUUUACAGUGUAACAAUACAAUAAUACUCUGUAUACACCCCACACGUGACCAGUAUUACUGUGCAUGAAAUAUAAAUAUAAGUGUCAGUGCUUUAAAAAUGUAUAAUACAAAGUGCAAAUUAUAUAAUAAAAAAUACCACACACAAUUACAAUACAAAUAAAUCCAUGGUGCUUUUCAAUGUACCUAGAAAUAUUAUAAAUAUAUAACUCCCCUUAUUGGAUAUGCUCAAAUGUCCCAGAGCCCCUUCUACUUGGCUUUCUGAGUAUCUUGAAGACGAUAUUGAGAAUGGUUAAAAACCCAGCUGGGCUUCCACUGUUAAGGAUGACUGGAGCAAUAUAUAAACAUAAAGGAAAGAAACAAGACGGGGGCAGUAGAGUUAAACUGAUAACUUUAUGCCAUUCAAAAAAACCUCAUAAAACCUACUUUGAGUGAUGUUAAGUCCACAGUUAAAGGAACACUAUAGGGUCAGGAAGACAAACGUGUAUUCCUGACCCUAUGGUGUUAAAAUCACCAUUUAGGUGGAUUUCCCCCCCUUAGAAGGUAAUAAACUUAUCUUAUUUCCCGUGCUUUGUGGGCCUCACAGCCCUGUCCCUGUCCCCGAACCACCUCCUUAGCUGACAUCAGAAUUGAUUAUCUCAGCCAAUCCAAUGCUUACCCGUACCAAAUCCUCAAGGGAGCAGGGCCAAACACUGGCCAGGCCAAUUAACAUCUCCUCAUAGAGAUGCAUUGUCCCUUUAAAGAACCUCACUAAAAGCUCUUGUGAAAUAUAGGAAACACCUCCAGUGUGUUCUCUUGACAAACGCUCAAUUUCCAUGCACAGCAGACUUCUAUAUUAUUUUAGCAAUUGUAAACCAGAAGGAGUGGUUUUAUAAUGUACGCUGGUGCUGGUGCUAUCAGCUAUUCAUAUUACUCUUUAUCAGAGCUAAUGUUAUUAAAUUGGUACACCAUUAUUUAUUUAUAUAUUCCCAUAUAUUUUUCUUGUGUAAAAACCACUACAUUAACAGAAUCGCUCAUGUUUUUCAGACUAAUACAAAGUAAUACAGAAUUGCAAUCUACAGACGAUUCUUGAGAGCCACUAUUUAGGCAACAUUUAUUCAGACUACCUAAAAGAUGGUUCAGAGGCGUGUGAACCAAAUAUAUAUGUGUGUGUGUCUAUAAAUAUUUUAUUGAUCUAAGAUCUGCUCAUUAUUUCAAUGGGGGAUCGUGUUUUCAAAUCCAGACUAGUAGAUAAUGUCACCCGAUUCUUUAAAAUCCAGAAUGCAUUGUGUGACUGACAUACAUGUCAAAGACUGUCCUAGAUUAGUGGGCGUUAAACUCCUGUGAAGCAGAUGUGCUUUAAUUCAGUCCCAGAUAUGCUGGAAAGUGGGGAGCAAGUAGCACAAGAGUAGAACUACUACAAUAUAGGAAGAAGGGACAUAUGUACACCAGAGAUUAACAAGACACUAAAAAGAAUAAAAUACACAGUAAAUAAAAUCUGAAAAUCCCCACAAUGAAAGGAAGAUAAAGCCGGCCUUUGGAUGUGAAAGUGUAAAAAUAGCAGUAGCACAAAUAGAAGAGGCCUCUGAUUGAUCAUCAAUCAAUGCCUGCGUAAAACCUUCUGGAUAUCCAAGAAUCAUCCACCGUGAAUAGACAGAGCUAAAUCAGUAAAUAGCAUCUUGUCUCUACGAAUAAAGAAUAAUGACAGUGCAGCCUACUCAAAAUAUGAUCAAUAAAGAUAUUUAUUUCAGGUACUAAGGAAUGUGAAUAGAGAAACAAAACAGCCUUUGGAAUUUCUCCAGCUUUGCUGAUAGUUUUCCAAUUCUAUGCCGUAGAAUUAGAAUUUUAAAGGUCUAUUGUUAAAGAGGAUGUGCAGCUCACCCUUGCAAAUGAUGCCUUAAAGGACCACUAUAGUGCCCUGAGGGUGCCCCCACCCUCAGGGACCCCCUCCCACUGGGCUCUGGGGAGAGGAAGGGGUUAAACACUCACCUUUCUCCAGCGCCGGGCAGGGAGCUCUCCUUCUCUUCUCCUCCUCUUCGGCUGAAUGCGCAUGCGUGGCAGGAGCUGCGCACGCAUUCAGCCAGUCUCAUAGGAAAGCAUUCAUAAUGCUUUCCUAUGGACGCUGGCGUCUUCUCACUGUGAUUUUCACAGUGAGAAGCACGCAAAUGCCUCUAGCGGCUGUCAAUGAGACAGCCACUAGAGGCUUUAGAGGCUGGAUUAACCCAUUUAUAAACAUAGCAGUUUCUCUGAAACUGCUAUGUUUAUAGAAAAAUGGGUUAACCCUAGCUGGACUAGGCACCCAGACCACUUCAUUAAGCGGAAGUGGUCUGGGUGCCUAGAGUGGUCCUUUAAGUAUUGCUUCUAUGACUAUUCACGCCAUCACUCCAAACAGGACUACAGUGUCUGCUUUUGUUUGUUUUUUUGUUUUUUUACUGAUGCCAUAUUUUACUCUAUAUUAUAGAGUCGGUGCACACAUAUUGGCUGAAAACAAACUGUACAAUGUCUGCCUGUUAAAGGAACACUCCAAGCACCAUCACCACUAUUGCUCCCUGUCGUGAUUAUGGUGCCAGGAGUGCACUGGAGCUUUCUCAUUUUAAUAAUCAAAUUAUUUCAGAACAGUUUGACUUCUUACUCGGAGACUGCUUGUCACCACUCCCCGUCUCAUCAAAAGCCGUGGCCAGACGCUCCUGGUUAGUGCCGUGCGAGCUCUUUGGCUGAGAGCGAGCAGCUGAUACUGUCAGCCAAUGAGCAAAAACUUGCACCACUUGGCUUAGCUCAGACGGAGAGCUUCCAGCUCUCUGUAAGCUGUAGUGGAGGCGAGUAGUUAGAAGUCAAACUAUUCUAAAGUGGUUUCAUUACAUCUUUGUGGAGAUGCCAAGUGCACUCAUGGGACCAUAACCACUGCAGCACGCUAGUUGUUAUGGUGCCUGCAGUGUUCCUUUGAAGAGAGAACACCCGUUAAGUGUAUGCUACAAUACGGGUAGAGAAGGCAUGGAAAGGGGUAUAGCAGUAAUGAUUAUAUUGGGUAAAAUGUCAUGCUGUGUUUAGAUUUUAAAAAAAUAUGAGAGAGCAUAGAAUAUAUGGUUCAAUAAGAUGGGGCAGAGUCAGUGUUAAAAAGGUACUUGUAUUUACGUGGGGAGAAAGGAGACCCUUUUAAUUCCCCAUUUGAUGAACUGUUAUGUCCUUAUAAGAUCCUAAAAUCAAUAAGAAAGAGAAUGCCAGCUACGAACCAUAGCAAAGAUCACUUAGUGUUCUGUCUUGCAGCUCGAGAAGGGUCUAAGCUCUGUGAGUGCUUGCUGUGUUUAUAGGUGAUUAUACAAAUGACAGAGCCGUAUUUUAAGGGAUUGUUGCCUUUAGAUUGCUGCAGGCUGUUCUAUAACCUAGUUUCAAUGAGAUAUGGAGAGAAUCAUCUUAUUACUACCAGUUGUUCACAAAUGCAGCAACCAGCAUCUGGUGUUUCAUGCUUGUUCUUUGUGAAUUAUUAAUACUUGGUAAUUAUCUAUCGUACUUAAUGUGUUGUACCACAAACUCCUUAUUACUGUGUAAUUGAGCAGAUGACGUGCAUUGGGUUUAUGCAACAAACCGUAAUUGUGGUGAACUGACAGUAGCGUUUGAGUUUGUUAAAGGGGGAUUGUGAAGAAUUUGCAAUGGAAAAAUGAAAAGUCAGAAUAGAUAAGUUUUAAAAAUAGAGGAUUUUGAAAAUAUUGCCAAAUUAGUAUUUUGCCGAAUAUUUGCAGUCUACUCGUUAUUUCCCCUCAAACAUCAGUUUAUUCAAUUGCAGGGGUCGAAAUGAAUAGAAUUCACACAAUUCUGUAAUUCUGUACAAAACAUUAUUUAGGGAAUAAAACACAUAAGAAAAUACUGAAAUGUACAUAUCAACACCAUACGGUUUCUUCUGCCCGCAGGGUUUGGUGAAAGUGAUGACCCUUUGCCCAAUUGAACAUUUGGUAAGUACAUUCUGCAAAUACAAGUCAAGAAGUGUUCUAGCUCAUUAUUUGAAUGCAGUGUCUUUACAGAAGUGGUACUUUCUUCAUAGAGAAAGAAGAGUUUACAGAUGUUACAAUUACUGAUUGAUAAGUUUGGGCCUGAAGGAAAAUAUACACUAUUCAGGUAAAAUCUUUCUGCUUUGUAUUUAGUUUAGUUUAGUUUAGAUGUUUGGUAAACGGUACUCAGACAAGAUUUCUGGGACUUCAUGGCAAAUAAUAUCCAAUUUUACAUCUAAUAAAAGAAUAGUCUAUUGCCAGCUAACUGCUUAUUUUAGGUACUGAAAGAGGUUGGUCAAAAUUUACAAACGGCUUUUCUCAACUAAAUGAUGGCGAUCCAUGAGCAGGUUAUGUAUCAAUGUAUAGAGGAGGCCUAACAAUGAACCGUGUUCUAGGAAAAUAUAAUGCCAUUUUGAGGUCCUUGAAACAUCAUAUUAAAUGCUAUACCCAAGAUUGAUUGUUUUAUGAAUUCCUAUAAAAUUCUGGCAUUAUUUUCCCAUUUUUGCAAUAUGGAUGGAUGUUUGUGCUGGGCUGUUAGCACUCCCAGCCUCUCUUUGUCAUUGCGAUUUGUCCAAAUUUAUUAAUGUAAUGGACAAUAUUCUGAGCUGAAAUGUUUCUGAUGCAUGUCAAAAUUUUGGAGACCACAAAGAACAUGUCUAAAUCGGUCUUCCAUUUCUUAGUAGAAGAUAAAUAUCCUGACCAAAGAGUGGUCAGCUCAUCCUAUACAAGAAACUCUUGCUUAGACAAUGCCAUCUGCUUACUAGCUAAUGUUCUCAUUGAUUGGUUAGGACAGGGAUUGGUUAGGUGGGCCAAGCCAUUUUCUGGCAGACAUUAUAGGGGUUGGGAAAGGACCUGCCUGACUCCUGGUGAUAUCUGCAAAACUGGAACAUUCAGAGGUAAGUAUAUUAUAUAUUGAGAUAAUAUUCACAAAUAUUUGUCCCCUUCCUGUGUCAUAUCAACAGUCUCUGUCAAAGCCUGUGGUCUUCAUAUAGCUAAAUAGUAAUCAUAUACAGCAAACUAGUUGUAUAGCGACCAAAGUACUUAGGAUCAGUAAAAUGGCAGUGCAUCAUUGUUGAAGAAGACACUUGGCCAGACACAAACCACUUUUGCUUCGUUUGCACCGCCAUUUUGUUCCCAAAUAAUAAUAAUAAGCAUGGGCAAAUACAGCAUUUAAAUGCACAAUGAUUUCUUGGGAGGUCAGAAGACCCCUAAAUAUGGUGUUUUAGAAGACUAAAGUUUUACAGACAAAAUGUUCUAUUAAAGGGGCUACUGACCUUCCAAUAAAUUGUUUGCCAUGUACUUGGCACUUGGUACUUAGUAGUAGUUUAAAUGAUAGGUGAAAAAAAAUUACAUUUGCUUUAUUGGUAUGAAACUGUUUGUUUUUUAGUUCUAACAAGUUAAAUUAAUUUUGCGUUCAAGACUUCUCUUGCUUAGGUAAUCUACUGCAUUGCACUGGCAACUGGGAAAUAUUUAUGUAUACUCUAUUCACUUAAAGGAACACACUAUGGCUGUAUUCCUAAAGCUAUAGAUUCCCUAACUUUAUAGGUGUUGAUAUUUUAUUUUUUCAAAUAUUUUUCAACAUGCCUCUUUCCAUUGUCGAGGCUUUCUCUAUGCUGGCUAGGUAACCUCCUCCCGAAAGCAGAUGCCUAUAGUGAACCUUUACCAAACAACUGAAAAGCGGUGCUAACAUUUUUAUUUUGGGAGCUGCUUUUCGCAAAUUAGGCUGUACAGUGCUCAAUAUACUCUUUGUUCUAUAGGUGUCUGCUAAAGACAAGUAAUCACUCUGGGGUGGAAGGAUAUGUUAUACAGAACAUCAAGAACCAGAUAGACUUUGCACUGAAGGUGAGACUGUACGCACUGUACUGCUCUAUUUCCAGUAUGAAUACAUUACGUGAACUAAAAAAAGAUGUUUGCUGCUGAAUUAAAUAGCCACACUAUUUUUCUAAGCUGAGCUGAAUAUUUUGAAAACUGCAAAAUUCUGCAUUUUCCAAGAGAUCGCUAUACAAUGUCUCUGACACUUCUGCCCUACAAGAAGAAUUUCCCCAAACAGUGAUCCAGCUGUAGUUGAUGUACACUAUCAAUGGUUCUGUACUAAAAACUAAAUACAUUUUAAAACAGUCCUUGGAAUUUUGAGAACAUUUUAGGUCAUGAUGAGCACAAAAAAAAAAGGAGGCAAUCCCGUAAUUCACCAUUAGCUGGCAAUCCAAAUAUCAUUGCCCAAAAAGGAGUUGAAUAGAUUCCUGAAAACCCCCUGAUCCUUGCUGCAGGCAGAUAUGUGUGAUUGGCUGGGGUGUUUCAGCUGGUCAUAAACUUUAAACUUUUAAAGUUGAUGUAUUUUAUUUCAUUAUAUCAUGACCUUUGAGGGACAGUUCCAUUGAUGAAACAUGUGGUGUAGGUGCACCAUCACUGGUUUGUGCAGUGAGCAUUUCACUCACGUAUAGACUGAUGUUUGGUGGGCACUAUUAUAGCUGGAGGGCUGUUAAACAUAGUAAGGGCAGGUGGGCGCAAAUUAUGCACUGGGGUAUUGUGGAAUUUUAUCUAUGUUUUAGAGGAUAGAAUUGGAUGGGUGUAAGCAAACUUACUGUUUCAUUACAUUGACCUACACUCUGUCAUAUACUGAGUGUGGGAAUGGAGGUGUGCAUGGCAGAGACUACUCAAUGGACAGCGGGCCCUGAGAAUCUUGCAUCUUUCACUUAACAUUCCAUCUCUAAUUUCAGGCCAAUACAAACAACAAGUGGUUUGUAGGACCUCGGUUGAUUCCACUUCUUCACAUUGUACUCUCAUUACCAGAAGGAGCAGAAACUGACCUACUUCAAAACUCUGAUCGGUAAGAGGAUGAAACGUAAGCUAGAAAUGCUUGGCGUCUACUGUUAUGUGGUAGGUGUAAUUCAGCUUGUGACCUCUAAAGGGACACUACAGCUUAAUGUAGUUUUUCUGGUGCGUAUAGUCAGUCCAUUUAGGCUUUUUGCAGUGGACACUCUCUUUACAGAGGAAAGGCUGUGUUUACAUUAAAGCCUAGGGGCACCUCUAGUGGUCACUCAUCAGAAGUCUACUAGAGGUGCUUCCUGGGCCAGUGCUGCACAGUGUUCAUCACUGCUAUUCUGUGCUUCCACCCUCUACAAGGAGACACUGAACUUCCCACAUAGAGAUGCAGUCAUUCAAUGCAUCUCUGUGAGGAGAAGCUGAUUGGCCAGGGGGACAUUUGGCUUUGCCCCCGACUCACCUCAUUGGCUGAAAUCGUAAAAAUUGACAAGACAAUCUCAGCCAAUCCAAUGCUUUCCUGUGGGAAAGCAUUGGAUUGGCUGAGAUAAUUUCUGAUGAUGUCAGCCAAGGAGACAGAUUAGGGGCAUAGCCAGCACCAGCAGACUGGCAUAGAGGUAAGAUUUUACUAUAUUUAGGGGGGACAGGAAUACAUGUUUAUGUUCCUUACCCUGUAGUGUUCCGUUAAUGAUUUUCAGGAAUACAUUUUACCUCAUGUCAUUAAAUUGGACCAGAACUGAUAUAGAUCAUAUAUUGGCCCUUAAAAGACCACUAUAGUGCCAGGAAAAUAUACUCGUUUUCCUGGCACUAUAGUGCCGUGAGGGUGCCCCCACCCUCAGGGACCCCCUCCCGCCCGGCUCUGGGGAGAGGAUGGGGUUAAAACUUACUUUUUUUCUAGCGCCGGGCGGGCAUCUCUCUGCCUCCGAUCCUCCUCCUCUCCUCCCUUUCGGCUGAAUGCGCACGCGCGGCAAGAGCUGCGCGCGCAUUCAGCUGGUCUCCUAGGAAAGCCUUUACAAUGCUUUCUUAUGGAUGCUUGCUUCUUCUCACUGUGAUUUUCACAGUGAGAAUCACGCAAGCGCCUCUAGCAGCUGUCAAUGAGACAGCCACUAGAGGAUUUGGUGGCUGGAUUAACCCUAUUAUAAACAUAGCAGUUUCUCUGAAACUGCUAUAUUUAAAAAAAAAAAAAAAGGGUUAAUCCUAGUGGGACCUGGCACCCAGACCACUUCAUUAAGCUGAAGUGGUCUGGGUGCCUAUAGGGUCCUUUAACUAUCAAUAUGUAAGUUUUCGCUAGCUGACCAUUUAAAUAUCAAAUGCUUGCAGAGAGUUAAGAUUUUGCGAAGUGAUAAGUCAGUGUGGAAGGUGUUAAUAACAGACAACCAUGCCAAAAAAAUGGAGAUAGUGGAUGUUAUUCUCUUUCCUAUACAAAAUAUUCACAGACAGGGCUAGUAUUGAAUUGGUUAAUGGGAAAGGAACACCAAACAGAUAAACACCCACAAUCCUCCUGGGUAGAUUUACCACUUUGUUUUUUUAAGUAUUGAAAAUAUUAUGUAUUCACAAGUCAAUAAAAAUAAUACAUUUUAAAUGUUUAUAAAUGAUCACAUCUGGUAAAGACCCUUUGAUUUUAUUUGCACACCUUCUUUUAGAAUUAUGUCAUAGCCUGGUACAGUGACUUGGUGGGGGAGAGAGGGGGUUGUUAUCGGUGAGAGAUAAAUUCACACCUCCUGGGGGAACGUUAUGUAGGUGUCAGUAUCACAGUGGCCCAAAUAGCCUUUUACUGUUUUCUUUGUCUCUCUUAUUGUGAACAUGGGGUAAAGGUCUGGAACCUGAUUUCGUGUAACCCUGUUUUUCUGUAAAGGAAUAUAGAGCACCUUGUGUUGAGAUGAUCUAAAUCUACAUAUUAACUUGCCAACAUAGCCAGUAGGGUAAUCUUUAUGUCCUGCAACCAGGAAAAUGCAGGGAGACACAAAUGGGCACACAACAUAAUGCAAGAUGGUGCAUAUCCCCGACAUUAACAGGUCACUAGAUGAAAAAGUAUUGAGGCCCAGCAGCAGUCUCUGGAGUUUGCUAUGUACAAUAGACAAUCUACACAGCUUUUAUAGGAUUAGUCGGACAGUUAUACUUCUUUAAAUACUUAAUUGCCCUUUGGAUUUCUUCUGGAGGCUCUGAGUGUAAAACAUUGUAGCUCACCUUGGGGGAUGUAAUGAUUCUCACUCCUUCCUUGGAGACCAGUUUCUUCACAGCCAACCCCCUGUCCACUUUAGAUGUAAAUACUUCUCGUUUCCACUGUUUGAAGAAAAUUAAAUGGUGGGGAGCGAGGGGUGGAGGCCAGAUCUGUUUCAUACAGCUGUCAAUAAUUGUAUUUUUGAAUGCACAAAACUAAAUUGCACCUUUUUGUUUCUUUAGCAUAAUGGCUUCACUGAACCUUCUGAGGUACUUAUUUAUAAGAGACAGCGAAAUGGAUAAUGAAGUAAGUUCUCUUUCUUUUGCUCUGCAAUAUUGUUAAACCUUUUGUAUACUGUGUUGAAAAGCCUAUUGAGUAUGAAAACAAGAUUUUAAAAUUUACAAAAAGAAACCUUCAAAUUGUAGAAAGAGUAAAAGUAUUACUGUGUGCAUUCAGUAUGCUGUUUUCUUCCCAUAAAUUGCACGUAAUUAAAUUUUACAAUAAUUUAACAUAUUUCGAGAAAACCGUCCUAGGUUCAUCAAAUUUAUUUUUAUUUGUUUUACAUUUUCUUUGUCAGAAAGGUCAGUAAAGGGUCUGGCAUUAAUAGAUGCAUAUAUCAAACUUCCAUCUUAUUUCCUGUGUAUCAAACAAUGUUUCUAUAUAGGUGAUUGCUUCUCCCCUUUUUGUAGAACUGCACCUUUUAUCUUUCUAACAAACGUCCAGGCUAUCAACAUACAUAGUUUCUUACUUGUACACGGUUAACAUGGUAUACUAGCAGUAAGCCUAACAUGUAAAUGUGGUCUUGAUUACGAUUAUCCGCUAAUCGGUAGGGGCCAGUCGGGGAACAAUAGGUCACCCCUUUUAUCACUUAGGUUGGUGGGAGGGGGCCGAACAAAUGGGCCCUAACCUUUAUCACUUAGCGCCCCCACCGCUGGUGGGUGGGGACAGGGAGGGGAACACAAUAGGUUCCCCUCCCCUUUAUCACUUAGAGCCCCAACCCGCCGAUAAUGGGUGGGGGCUGGAUGUGAACACUGUCCCCCUGCUUGUUAAUUAUUUAAAUAGGUUCCCCUUUAUUGUAUUUGGGGGGGUGCAGGCCACUGGUUGCUCACUGUUUAGUUUUUAAUGCGGCACAGCGAGUAGGGGCAGACGGGAGGAUUUAACUCCAAUGUACUAAUAUUGGGGUCAUAUUGACCCCAUAGAAUGAGGGGGAUAUGGGGGAGGGGGGGUUAAGGACGUAGCGGGGAGCACAGCUCCCUGCUGCUUCUAUUUUUAUGCAUUGGAAGGAGGGAGCCGCAAACCAGUAGCUCCCUCCUUGCAAUAAACUAAACGAACAAACAAAGACUGAAUUGAUAUUCAGUCUUCAUUCAUUCUUUGUGCUUUCUAUCGGUGUUCAUUCGUCUUUCAGACAAAUAAUCUCGGAAAAAUUGCCCAAGAUUUUAACUGGGCAUGCACGGUAAUAUUACAGCGCUAUCUAGUGUGGGCAGAUGAAGUGUCCUGCAGGGCCUUCACCUGGGAACACAAAAUGGCGGCGCCUAGAGAAGAAAAAUAUGUAAAAAAAAGGUGAAAUGGAGGACCCAGAUGCAUUUGUAGGUAACUAGGGGGACAAUAAAAUGUAGAGUAGUAGGCUGGUUAAAAAUUUGAGAUGCAGCCCUGACAGUGCCAUUUUAAGUAAUGCUAGGAUAAGAAUUGGAGCAUGUUCACGCCUUUUGACAUUUUAUGUGAACAUGCAUCUAUGUUCAGAAUCAAAUUGCCUCACUGAGUUAAUUCAUGUGACUUCAGAGGAACCGGCAAAUCAACUUAUCUGGAAGCAUUAAAUGCCGCACUGUUCUCUGAUGUUGAGCAGUGAAACUAAUCCGGAUUUUCUGUAUGGUUCCCAGAAAAAGAAAAUAGUGAUAUUUAAUGAAAUGUUUUUAGUAAGUAAUGAGGUUUUAUAAAUUAAUUUUUUUACAUAUGCAUUGCUUAAAGGGAUACGAUAGUGCCAUGAGUACAAAGCUGUAUUCCUCGCACUAUAGCUCCCUAUGCCUCCCCCUGUUAAUUAUCUGAUUCCAGGGUUGAUGUCCCUCAGCGCUGGGAAGUGGCUCCGCCUCAUCCGACAUCACUCAAGGGGGGGGUCACUAAUGCACAUGCGCGGAGAGUGGUGUGUGUGCGCCUUAGGUCUCUCCAUAGUAAAGCAUUGAAUCAGUGCUGUCCUGUAGGAAAAUAGCUGACGUUGGAUGUCCUCAUGCAGAGUGUGAAGACGUUCAGCGUCCGUUAGCGGACCAAAAGCCCGGUAACAUUCCGAAAGCGCCUCUAGUGGCUGGCUGGUACAUUGCAGCACUAGUGUACUAAGUGCAAUAGUGACACUGUACCCAGAUCACUUCAAUGAGCUGAAGUGGUCUGGGUGCCUAUAGUGUUCCAUUAAGUAUUUUAAAUGUGGUUAUUUUCUUACAGGCAUUACUGCCCCUUUAAUACAUUUAUAUUUAGCAUACAAUAAAGAUCUACUUUCUGCUUUUAUUAUGGUUUUAAACGACAGUAAUAUAAUGCAUCCAAACAGAUUAUUGCAAAUUAAGGUAUUUGUUACAUUCAAUAUAUUGUUUACCCAAUGAAUAGAGAAAACACUAAAUUCAGCAACACUCCAAUCGAUCGGUACAAAACAGAUUUAAAAAAAAAACAAUCAACAAAUAAUAACACUAAUCACCAAUCAAAAUCACAUAACCUGGUUUGAUGAACUAUAUAUUCUGUUUUUAUGGGACAGACCGGUGUAUGGGCAGAACUUUAUAAAAUUGAACAUGAUUUCCUGAAACCUCUUCACACAGGGCUCAAUAUGUCCAGAGCCCAUUAUGAAGCAGAGAUAAAAAGCGCACAGGAGAAAAAGAGAGGUGAGAAAUGAAUACCAGAAAUGAUCUAUUCCGGCACUCCAAAAAUAGAACGGUGUGAUUUUGUAUUUUGCUUAAAUUUUACUUCAUGAACCAAGGGCUAUGUUUCUUUUUAAGGUGCCCAUGGCAGGAAGACAGCCUGCAGUGUGACAGCUGGAGGAACUGAAUUACCUGAUAUGACCCCAGAAAUGCAGCUCCAAGUAUGUAUAUUAUUUUCAUGUUUUGGUUUUUUUUUUCUCCCCCCCUCCCCCCCCUUCCCUUUGUUCACCAUUUCAUUGAUGUUUUUUUAUUUAUUCAGAAGUAUGUAAUGCCGCUGUGUUAAUCUAAACAACAUUAAUUGUUUUUGACGGUUUAGGUUCUACAGUCAGCUCUUUUUACAUUUGAUUUAAUGGAAAGUGUUCUUGCCAGAGUCGACGAACUCAUUGAAGCAAGACUAAAAUCUGCAUCGGAGGAGAAAAUCGGGUCAAGUAAAGAUGUUUAGCUUUUUCUGAUUUGUAUUUAUGAUCAAGUUCUAGCCAAUAAAUUUACAAAAUAUUUAAUAUGAAUCAAGUUUUGAGCAGCGAAUGGCUUAAAUUUACCUUAUUAAUUUUUAAAUCGGAGCUACACAUCUUAUUGUACCCAGAAUUUAUCGGUGAUAUAAGUGAAGGGUAUAAAAAAAAAAAAAAAAAAAAGCUUAUCUUGACAGGCAGAAACAGAAAGUGGCACCAUGUCAGGAAUGGUAAACUCACUUGCUACUGAAGCCCUGACACUUGGAUGACUAUAUUAAUGAGGGGAAAAAAUAAAGGCUAGCUCAAAAUAGUAAAUAAAUUUGGUGGUUGUGUGCAAGUCCAGUGCUGCAUGAAGAGAUUCACUCACAGAUCUUUAUUCACGGACUCUUUAAUUCUACAAGUGUGUAAUAAGAGUCCUCGUUCUAGGCCUCUAUCAAGCAUACUAGUACUGUAACACUUAUGUAUUAAUUUAAAGCUUCUAUGGUUCAAGAGCGGUCAGUCCAUUUCUGCAUAGUGCGUUUAUACAAAAUAUACACAUAUUACACACAUUCCAUGUCACCAAAUUUUUUUCCAGCUCAUUUGUAUCUCUUGGCAUUUGCAAAUCGGUUCUCACGUUGUUUUUCUCCAUUGUGUCAGUGUAUCAGUUUUCCAUGUUAUGUCUGUCGUCUUGUUCCAUUUGUUUCUGUCACUUUGCGUCUCUCUACAUUUGAAUCCAUUGUCUUGAACUCUUGUCUUUAACCAAUUUCUCUUAGUUCUCUUCAACUUCUUUUUCAAUCUUCAAGACCCUGCCAUUUUACAUCUCACAGUUUACCUACCUGUUGUUUCCCUUGCCAUUUCUCUCUUCACCCCCUUUAGUUCAUAUUUCUGGGUCUUCUCCAGACCCUUGCUUUGUCUGUGUUCUGUAUAUCUGAGUUCUUUUUAUCAUUCUACCUCUUUCUCCAUGUCCUCAUAUCUUAUUUCAGACACUUUUUCACAACUUCCCUUUAGUUCCGAUCACUCCACCCUUUAUGUUUUCUUAGUUCUAUUUAAAUGCUGUUUGUGUUAUUUUUCCACCCCACAUACCUACCUUUACUUGUGACAAUUAUCUUUUACCUGCUUGGGUCUCAUUGUAUCUUGUUCCUUCUUCCUCUCAUGCCAUGGGUUCUUUAAGAGGGAUAGCACUGGAAUAUACUCAUUACUCGCGAUUGUCCACCGUAAGUCCCCACUGGAAAAGCACCAGGAGCACUGGGCAGAAGAAACCUCAUUACUGUUGCUGUUUCACAAAGCAUCACGAGACCAGAGCUUCAAAAGUUUAACUGAUCUCCCUGGUAGAUUUGUGUAUAAGCACUAGUGGGUACCAAACCCCAACAAAUGUUAGCCAUACCUAGCUAACAGUGUAUUUCCACUACACUGAAUAUUUGGGCACUGGAUAAAUAUUCUUCGCAAAUGGUCUUUGACGUUCUGAUAUGGUUUUGUUUUUUAGAAGCCUUUCAAAUCCCAGGCAAUUUUUUUUACUCUUCAUAAGGGUUUGGAGAAGCCACUGUUCAGGAAUUAAAGCUAUGCCCAUGGCACCUGUAGGUGGGAUGUGGGAUUUCUAUGCUUGCUCUGUGUGGUUACUGAAUACAGCAAACCUUAUUGAUCUCUUACGGUAGGACAGGAACCAACAAUGGUAGGAACAAUGUUUCAGGGCAAAAAGAAACAUCAGGUACUCCGGUUCAAGGUGAGCUGAUACACCUCUGGAAAUAACACCACUAAACAUUUAAAAUCACCUUUCACUUAUGACGCUUCAUUAUAUUUCAUUGGUCUUGUUCUUUCUUUGCUGUUAGGUGCAAAUGGAAGCGCGUCUAACAGUGACUGACAAGGGAUGAUUGUCUUUUCAGACAUCCAAAACAUAUCACUGGACUACACUUAGGACCUAUGGCAGGAAAUAAAUUCUGGAUCAUUUUGGUGUUAAGGGCAAAUUAUCAGUCUUCAGAUUUUUUCCAAUCCUAAUUAGAGGACCACCAGAGGCACACAGUCCACUUAAUCUCAAUGAAGUGGUCUGUGUGCAGUGCUCCUUUAGUUGCCACCCUGCAGUGUAAAGUACUGAUGUCUAGUACAUAUGGCAAUGCUUACACUGCAGAGUUAUACACUCCACUUGUGGCUAUCUCCAGGACAGCCACUAGAGGCACAUCCACUGUGAGAACGGAGUCAAACUCUGUUCUCACAGCUAAUCUACAUUAUGUUGGAGGACAGGAGCUCUGGGUUUUAAUUUCCAAAGUUCCUCUAUGAGAAGCAUUCGUUUGGAUGAAAAAAGAAGUUUCUGCGUGACAUAGGCCAUUCGAUCAGCUGCAGGGACUCUAUCACAGUGCUGAGAAACAAAGGUAAUACCCUUUUAUUCUUAUUUACAUUUUGGGGAAGCCCUGAAUCUAAAUAAAAACAAUAUAGUAUAAGAAAUACAGGUUUAGUGUUCCUUAAAUCUAACUUUCACACACAAGCAUGUGUUCUCAUUUUGUAAAUCCACACACCAGGUGAGAAUCACUCAAUGUGUUGGUGUGCACUCCCUAAUGUGUAUUUUAAACCACUGAAGAUGUUUCCCUUGAAAUAAAACUGACAAUGGUUUGCAGUUAUCUAUGUGACCUAAAUAAUUGUAAAUUUACACUAUAAACAGUGGAGAAUCGUAUUAUAUUUAGAAGGUUUAGGAUUUUGUGCCUCUAUCAAUACAGAAUUAUGUAAACAAAUUAUACUUCCAGAGGUAGUAGCUCUAUAGGUAGAUGAGGAGACACACAAAACCAGGAAUGGGGCAUUAUGCUAACUCAUUUAGCUAGAGUUAUCACAUGAAGCAAUUCACUUUGAUUGCCAGUAGUCCAUAAUAUAAUUCUGUUGUGAUAGUCUACAGAGUAUAGAGAUCAAUGAUCCUUCUCAGAAAACAAUUUAAUAGCAAAACCACAAAUUAUUUCAUUGUGUUAUAUACUCUUUUAAAAUGUGGGCUAUUACAUUGAGGUGUUUACGCUUAUUUCAUUAUUUUAACCAGGUUAUCAUUAUGUCAAGCUAUGGAUGACUCUUGUCUUGUCAUUUGUAAACCUUUCUAUAUGGCUACACAUUUUUAUCUAAUGCUAUAUUCAGCAAUGCUGCUGCUCGUUUUUAUGUAAUGCUAAUGCAUUGCCUCAAGGUUUUAUUGUAAUACCAUAGUCUGCAGUAAGUCACUAAAGUACAGUUUUCAAAAAACCCAAUUUAAACAAUAUAAAACACCGUGACAGCUUGCAUCAAAAAUACAAUGUACGUAAACACUACAUGGCACGGCUUGCAUAAAAACAUGUAUCAAAUCUGAUCAAGGGUUUUCCAAACUGGACUAUUCUCAACAAUGUGUGUUUUUGCUUUUUGGAGUCGAUCACGUAUGUUUUCAAUGUGUGGUUUGCAAGUCACCUGAAAAAGACGGAACGGUUAUACAAAUUACAUUUUAAUGGGACUAUGAUAAUGGGUUACAAGGCAACCAUGUUAAUUCUUUUUAAAACUCUGUAGGAAUAAAUAAUUUAAGACCACAAUAUGCAACAUAAAUAAUAAAUUUAAUUGCUGGUUUGUUUAAUUGGCACUUUAGGGGAGACCUGACAUAUUAUUUUUGUUGUUAAAUACAUUGUUAUUGAG